AUGCUUUUGUGUCUGUUGCCGGUGACGUUGACGUUGGCCGCGUUGGUCACCGAAGGGACGGGCGACACGGCCGCCGCGGACAAGCGGUUCGCCCUGCGGCCUGUUGACCCGCUGACUAGGCGCAGCGCCAUGGACAAGAAUUUCAUGCGGUUCGGGCGGGCGUUCGACUGCAGUUGGACGGUGCCAUCUGCAUCGGCGGUGGCCAAGCGCCGGGAUCCGUCGUCGGCCGUCGGCCGCCGCGUCGACUCCAACUUUAUCCGGUUCGGACGCCGGGACUCCAACUUCAUCCGGUUCGGCCGUGGCGAAGUGUACACACCCGGCGACAACAAAAUACCCAGGCGCCACUACGACGUGGACGUGGACGGGCUGGAAGUCCGGUUCGGCCGAUCCGCCGGGAGCAUCGACCGCAGUCCGUUCGCCGCAGCGCUACCACCGCCGUACGACGAUCGCCGCUGA